CGAGGUCCAUUAAAUUCAUAAACAUGUUUACAUUUAAAUACAAAUUAACUUUUUCUAAACAUGUUUACAUUUAAGUAACUAGUAUCGUAGGAUCCAACGUUCAUGAAGCGUACGUGGACCAUCUCGAUCAGAUGCUACCCGACACGUCACUCCCUCACUCUACUGUCUCUUCUCUCUCUUAAACUUCGUCAAACAGUCCCUUUUCCUUACACUUUCAUUUGUCAAUACCUCUGUUAUCUUUAUUUCUUUUGUCUUGUUCAAUCUCUUCCUCCUUUGUUUACUAAUCUCCAUUGUUAUUUCCUCCAGACGAUCGGAGGAGUCUGGUGCUAGUUUCUUUCGAUUCAAAAUAUUGUCUUGAAGAGUAGUUGUGUGGGUAAUAGAUGGACCAUAAAGCAUCAUGGUCCUGGAAGAAGAAAUCAACCCUUGUCCAAAGUAAUGGCAUAUCCUCCAAUGAAGAGAUUGAGAAGCUUGUCGCUGACAAAUUACAUCUGGAGAAUCGCCUUACAAGUCUAAACGAUAAGCUUACCUCUCUCGAAGCUGAGAGCAGUAAGCAUAAGUCUGAGAUGCAAGAAGCAAUUAUUGGAUGGGAGAAGACAAAAGCUGAAUCAGCAUCUCUCAAGAAGAAGCUAGAAGAAGCUUUGACUGAGAAACACAGGAGCGAGGAGAGGUCGAGUCACACAGAUGCUGGUCUAAAAGAAUGUAUGCUGCAGCUACGUUUUGUCCGGGACGAGCAGGAGCAAAGGAUGCAUGAUGCUUUGACAAAAGCAUCACAUGAAUACGAAAGAAGAUUGAAUGUUGUAAAGACAGAAAUGGCGGACACGUGUAAGAAACUUGCAGAAGCAGAAGGCGAGAACACUCGGCUCUCAAAGGCUUUGUUAGCAAAGAACAAAACAGUUGAAGACUUGAACAGAGAGAGGGACCGCAUCGUGUCUGAUUUCAAUGCUUUGGUGGGUAGUUUAGAGUCAAAGGAAAAGGAAACCGUUACGCUGAGAUAUGAAAUUAGAGUGCUGGAGAAAGAGUUGGAGCUUCGGAAUGAAGAAAGAGAGUUUAGUCGUCGAACCGCUGAAGCAUCUCAUAGACUUAACUUAGAGAAUGUGAAGAAAGUUGCAAAGCUAGAACAAGAGUGUCAAAGGUUACGGAUACUUGUCAGGAAACGGUUACCGGGACCUGUUGCUCUGUCCAAAACGAGACACGAAGUAGAGAUGUUAGGAAGGAGAAGAACCCUUAUUGGCGCGACGAUCGAUUCAGAAAAGAUCAAUAACCUCACUGAGCAGUUAUGCUUACUGGAAGAAGAGAACAAGACUCUGAGGGAUGCCUUAAACAAGAAAGCCAGUGAGCUUCAGUUCUCAAGAAACAUGUGUUCGAGAACAGCUUCUAGACUACUAGAACUCGAGGAAUCUUCUAAAAGCACAACAACAAACAUUGAGCCAAGCCGGAGGAGCAAUGUGUCCCAUGAAGUCUCUCUUGCAUCGUUUCCAGAGUUUGACAAUGAUGAUAAAGUUAGCUGUUCUGAAUCUUGGGCUUCUGCAUUGCUUUCAGACCUGGAGAAUUUCAAGAAGAAGAAGAAGCAAAUGAGCUCGAUCCCUAAAGUUUCGGAGAUGAAACUGAUGGAUGACUUUGCUGAAAUGGAGAAGCUUGCAAUGGCUACAAGUACAGUACCUGGAAGCUCUCCUAUCUUCUCUUCUGAUUCCAUUUCAGCUACUGGUCCGGUAGAGAACGAAUCUAAUGAAGAUUCAACAGAAGCAAUGAAAAUUCAGAGGCACACUGAUGUAGACCAUACAAGCUUAAAACAGACCGAGACUCUCACUGUGGAGGGUAGACCAGACACAGAGUGUGAUAUCAGCAAAUGGAUCCGCAGAAUCGUUGGAAUUAUCGAAGGAGUCAGCUUAAAAGAUGAAAGGCUUUCGGGUUACACUGCUCGUGUCUUGCAGUGGAGAAGUACAGAGCUAAGUAGUGUAUUGCAGCGGUUUCUUCAGACUUGUUACGAUCUAAUAGACAGAAAAGCAGACAUGAAGAAGUUUGCAGAAGAGUUAAGCUCUGUGUUGGAAUGGAUGGUGAACCAUUGCUUCUCUCUUCAAAAUGUUUCAAGCAUGAGAGAAGAGAUCAAGAAGCAGUUCGAAUGGGAUGAGUCGCUGAGUGGAAGCGAUGUUUCCUCUUUAGCUUGCAAAGAUCACGAGCCGACAAGCAAAAUUGUUGAAGAAGAGGCAAAGGACAAGAUGGCCAGUGCUUCAGCGAACGAGCUCAAGCGGGAGGAACAACAGAACAUGCGAACUGAAUUGGAGAUAACUGCAGCUUCUGAAAAGCUAGCCGAGUGUCAAGAGACGAUUCUUAACCUCGGAAAGCAGCUCAAAGCAUUGACUAACUCAAAAGAAGCAGCUUUACUUUCAGACAAACUCACACCUCAGCAUACCGACAAAUCGAACAACUUAGCUACUGCACUACCUUCACAAGAGAUAAAACCAGAGAAGAGAUUGACCACUCAGAGAUCAUCUCUUUUGGAUCAGAUGAAGGCAGAAGAUGACGACACUGGAGAACCCACGCAUCAGAAGAAACCUGAAACAGCUGAUAAAAACGGAAAAGGAGGCGGUUCUGUCUACAAUGAAACCAUUGACGCAUUAGAACAUAUUCUUCUCUCAGACAAGAAAAGCAAAGGUUCUGAAUCAAACUGCUUCGCCAUUACUCCCCAGAAGAAGAGCAGCGGAGUUAGGAGCCUCUGGAGAAGGCUGUUGGGGAGGAAAAAUAACCGCAAGAGCAAGAAGCUCCCUAAUCUAUUUGCUACCUAGAGAAGACAACAUCAUCUAGACUAUAUCAUCUAAUACCUUGAUCAUGUUUUUUCUAUUUUUACCCGUACUAAGCAAACUAAAACUGGAAAAUUUUCAUAGAACGUUUUGGCAGUA